AUGAUAAAAGAUCUUUAUUGUGAUAUUCAUAGCGCUUAUCAAAUACAUCAUAUAGAUGUAUUAGAAGGCUCUCAAAAAAAAUUACAAUGUAUAAAAUGCUUCUCAGUUAAAAAGAAGGAAAUAAACUUCCUACUUUUACCAGAAAUCAUUGAUUCAGAUGAAAAAUUCUUUAUCGAAAACUGGCCUCCUCUUUCAGAUGAAUUGCUGAGAAAAAAAAUAAUUUUAUUAAAAAAUGAAGAUUUAGACAUCAACUAAUCUAUUUUGAACUUUUAUGAUAAGAUGAUUGAAGAAAUAACUUAGAUUUUAUCUGAGAAAAAGAAAGAAUAAUUAAUAAAAGCAUAAAAAAUGUAUGAAUUAAAAGAUUAAAUUAUUCAAAAAUACUGUUAAAUGGCAUAAGUAGUUAAAAUAAAGCAAUGUGUCAUUUAAGAAAAUUAAUUGCUUGAAAAAAUUGAAUAGGAUUUAAAAGAUUAGAUAGAUUCCUAAUUUAAUAAAAAAGAUGAAUAUACUUCUAUACUUUCGUGUAUGAUGCAAUAAUAUGAAAUAAUUAGCUAAUUUGAUAUCAAAAAGCCUACUUAAAUAAAAGAAAAUAUACUGUAGCUAUUGAAAAUAAUCAAUUUAACACCAUAAAACAACUUUAACUUCGGAAAUGAAAUUGACAUUUUUAGCUUUGAUAAUAAUAAUACUUAUAAAUAAAAAUUAAUAGAAGAAAGUGAAAUUUUAAAGAAAGAUAAAAGCAGAGUUGAUAUUUUAAUCGAACAACUUAAUCUCUAUAAUUAACAAUUAACAUAAAAAAUGAAUUAAAAGGAUUGGAAUUUGAAUGAUUUCUUAAUAAAAUAGCAAUAAAUUUUGCUUGCAAAUUAAAUUAGCUAAGCAGAAUAUAUCAAAGAUGUUUACUAAAAUGCGUUUUAAAUAAAAUCCUUAAUAGCAAAAAAUACAUCAUUGCUAGGAUAAAAAAGUUUCAAAUAUUUUAAUCACUUUAAUUACAGUUUAAUGUUAUAAGAUAAUAAUAUUGUUUGUUUUAAUAAAAUUAAUUUUUCUGAAAACAUAUCAGUUAAGUUAAAUUCGAAUUCAAAAUAUUAGAUUCAAAGAAUAUAAAAUGGGUAAGAAUAAGUCUCCUGUUUUUUAAAUUACAUUCUUAAACCAGAAAAGAAAUAUGUAUUUAGAAUAAACCUCUAUAAAUCCAAUUAAUAAUCUACAUUUUAUUUUGGAUUAAUUAGCAAAUUAAAUAAAACUUAAUAAGACCUACAUUAAGAAGGAAUAGGAUUUCUCAUAAAUAAUAUUGAAAAUGCAUACAACAGUUAAUAGGUGUUUCAAGGAGCAUCACUAUUUGGUUAAUCUUCUUUAUUUUCAAAUCUAAACUAAACCGGUUCAUUAUUUUAACCUAAAUAAAUAUAAGUAGGAUUAAGAGAUUUUAUGGACAAUCUUGAUCCUGUAAUAAUCAAUUCAACUCUAGAGUUUAGAGUAUGCUUAAAAGAUUAAUUAUUUGAAUAUUGUAAUUACAAUAGUAAAUAAAAAUGUUAACAAUUUCAAAAUAAAGGAUAAAUUUUAAUUGAUGGCUAAUAUUACUUUGGAUUUGAAUUUUAUAAUGAUUAUGUCGGUGAUAAAUUAGAAUUAGUAGACUUUUAGGAAUUAGAUGAAUUCCCAAGCAAUUGA